AUGGACUUCACAAGAGGCGAGGUGCCUCCAGAUGUCGCCUUGCUUAAAGCUCCCACCAAAGACGGCGAUCAGCGUUUUCUCGCCGACUUCUCGGCCUGCCAUGGCGGUGGCAUCAACGUUCGCGACCGCUACUGCAUGCUGUUUGCGUCGAUCUACGAGAGAUGCCUGUGCACGCCAGCGCCGUUCUCUUAUCAGAAACUCGUCGACGCGCGUCGAGCCGAUCUGCUCUGCAGUCUGUCCGCCAACAACGAAAAUACUCCCUUUUUCGUAGUGCCGUGCAGGAAAAUAAUGCAAAACCAGUGA